AUGCCCCGCCCCCGCUUCCCCACGCCUCCACCUCUCGACCCCUCCUUCACCCCCAUGACCGCCGCCCCGCCCAACAAGCGCGUCGCAUACUACUACGACCCCGAUGUCGGAAACUACGUGUACUACCUGUCGCACCCCAUGAAGCCACACCGGAUCCGGAUGGCGCAUAACCUGAUUGUCAACUAUGGGCUGUGCGACGAUCCGGACUCGGACGACGGGUACGGCGGCGGCGGGGGCGGAGGGAGGGGAGGGGCAUCAGGACCGAGCUGGGCUGGGCUAGCUGCCGACAGGACGUUCGACGCGGGAGGAGGGAGGAUAGGGAACGGCGGGGCGAUUAUCAGGCCAAGAGAGAGUGAUAGGGAGGGGAAUGGGAAUGGGAAUGGUGAUGGGUCGAAUGGGAACGGGGUGGGGGAGGGGAGAAGUAUUAGGCAAGAGACAAUAAGAGGGGCGAGGGGGAAGGGGAUGCAGGUGUUUAGACCGAGAAGAGCGGGGAAGGGGGAAAUGACGAGGUUUCAUUCGGAUGAGUAUGUGGACUUUCUGGAGAGGGUCACGCCGGAGACGAUGGAUGCGAUGACGGGGGGAGGGGUCAGAUGUCUGAUAGGCGAGGACUGUCCAGCCUUUGAGGGAUUGUUUGAAUUCUGCUCCAUCUCCGCCGGAGGAUCCAUCGCUGCGGCCGAACGCCUCAACUCUGGCGCAGCAGAUAUCGCCAUCAACUGGGCAGGUGGGCUGCAUCACGCCAAGAAGACCGAGGCGUCGGGGUUUUGCUACGUCAAUGACAUCGUCCUGGGCAUCCUCGAGCUCCUCCGCGUCCACUCCCGCGUCCUCUAUAUCGACGUGGACGUGCAUCACGGAGAUGGCGUGGAAGAGGCAUUCUAUACGACGGAUAGGGUCAUGACGGCGAGCUUUCACCGUUUUGGGGAGUUCUUCCCGGGCACCGGAGACGUCAGGGAUUUGGGUAUGAAGCGCGGGAAGGGAUACGCGGUGAAUGUUCCGCUGCGGGAUGGGAUAACGGACGAGGCAUUCCAUUCGAUCUUUAAACCCGUGAUUGGGAAGAUCAUGGAGGUGUUUAGACCAGGAGCGAUUGUUCUCCAGAUGGGUGCGGAUAGCUUAUCGGGAGAUAAGCUCGGAGGGUUCAACUUGACGCUCCAGGGUCAUGGAGAAUGUGCACGGUAUAUCAAGACGUUUGAUGUGCCGGUGAUGAUGCUCGGUGGAGGCGGAUAUACCACCAAGAAUGUGGCCAGAGCGUGGACGAACGAGACGGCUGUCAUGCUAGGCAGGGAGCUCGCGGAGGAUCUGCCAUAUAACCAAUAUAUGGAGUACUAUGGUCCUCGAUACAAGCUUGAAGUGUUGGCGAAUAAUCAAGACAACCAUAAUCCGUUCGAAUACCUCGACGCCAUCAAACGCCAAGUCAUGGAGAACCUCCGAGACCUUGUGCAUGUUCCUUCGGUGCAGAUGCACUUUGUACCGACGCAGACGGUGGGCGAGGCGCUGGGGAUGAAGACGGCGAUGCGGAUUGGGGUGGGGGUGGAUGAUGAGGAUGAGGUGGAUGUCAGGGUGCGAGACAUCAUCAAACGCCGCAAUAACCCCUCUUACGCUUCGGAGGACACUGACUCUGACGCCGAAGAGCUCAACGACGCCCGUCGGCGCCGGUACGUCAACAAAACAGGCGGCAAGAAGACCCGUCCCGUCGGCCGAGGCGCCGGAAGGGACAUGACAGCCGACGAUCCCUGUAGUGGCCGAGGGGGUAAGGACGAGGGGACAAGGAAGAAACGGACAUUCUUCCGGAGUCAGGGGUUCAGUAUCGAAGGUGCUGGACGGGCAUUGGGGGUGGGGGGUGUAGUGGGUGCGCCGGCGGGACCUGGGGCGGGGUUUGCGAGUGGGGGGAAUGCGGGUGGGUUUGCGGGUACGAUUGGGCCUGGAGUUAAUGGGACGAAUGGGAAUGGGAAUGGGAGUGGGGAGAAUGGGUGGGCGUUUAGUCGACAGGGGAGCCCGGCGAGUGUUGUCUGA